AUGGAGUCCAUGUUCAGACCGCCAAAACCGUUGAGUUUGGAUGGAAAUGUUGCGGAGAAUUGGAAACUCUUCGAACAAAAAUUUGACAACUUUCUAACUGUAACGGAGCUAUCGAAAAAAGAUGAAGAAACUAAAGUUGCUGUUUUCCUUAACCUAAUUGGAGAUGAUGGCUUGGAAUUAUUCAACACCUUUGAUUUGACGAAUAAUCAAAAGAAGUCAUUACAAUGUGUUAAGCAGAGAUUUGAAGCACACUGUUCACCCAAGAAAAAUGUUAUAUUUGAGAGAUUUGUUUUCAACAGUAUCACCCAGAAAGAAGGACAGUUAUUUGACUCAUUUUUGACUGAACUUCGAAAAGCUGUUAAGUCCACUGGAUAUAAGGACAAGGAUGACAUGGUAAGAGACAGAAUUGUCAUGGGUAUAUUCAGUAAAGACACUCAGGAGAAACUACUCAGAGUAUCUGAUUUAACAUUGGAGAUGGCCAUAAACCAUUGUAGAGCCUACGAAGUAAGUAAGACUCAGUCCAAAGCUUUGCAAAGUGAAGUCUCAGUGAAUGAACUGAAAAGAAAAAAUAAAUAUGGCAAAAAAGAGUCUAACUUCACGUGCAAGUACUGUGGCACUAACCAUAUGAAAGGUAAAUGUCCAGCUUAUGGAAAGAAAUGUAAAAAAUGUCAGCGACUUCAUCACUUCGCGACAGUCUGCCAAUCCAAAGGAAACAAGGAAGCACGGGAUGACAAGAAGAAAAAUGUACAUGAGGUGGCCCAAGAAGAAGGUUCUGAAAGCGAGGGAGACCAGUUUUUUGUGAGCGCGGUUUCAAAGCAAAUCGGUGUUGUGAACAAAAUGGAAAAAUCAGUUCGUGAAUCAAUGUGGCUAAAAAGCAUAAAUGUGCAGGGCAAGACAAUAGAAUUCAAGUUAGAUACCGGAGCAGAAGUGAGUGUUUUACCUAUUCACUUUUUGAAUGGACUUGAUCAUAAGAAACAUUUGAAAAAGACCAAUGUAACUCUGGUUGCAUAUGGUAGUGGUAAUUUUACCAUAAAACCUAUUGGUGAGAUUACCUUGGAAUGCAAUGUAGAUGGUAGAACAGCCAAGAUAUGUUUCAUUAUUGUUGAAAGUAAAGGUCAGUUACCUCUUUUAGGUCUAAAUGGCUGUGUAGAUUUGAAAUUAGUUAAAAGAACUGAUUUUUUGAAGAUUGAUAAGUUUGAAAAACUUGAGGAUGUCAUAUCGAGUUACCCGAUGGUUUUUGAGGGUUUAGGAGAAUUCCCAACUCCACAUAAAAUUGUUUUGAGAAAAGAUGCUGUUCCGCAUGUACAGCCAAUAAGGAGAAUUCCACAAGCAUUGCAUUCUAGGGUAAAGCUCAAGUUGGAUCAAUUAGAAAAGGAUGGAAUUAUUUCUAAGGUGCACAAACCUACUGAAUGGCUUAAUCCGUUGGUUAUAGUAGAAAAAAAGAACAAUGAUUUGAGAUUAUGUCUGGAUCCGAAAUUUUUAAAUGAAGCUAUUACUCGCGAACAUUUUCUCAUUCCCACUGUUAAUGAAAUAGCUAGUACUUUAUCGAACAAAUCCUAUUUUUCUGUAUUGGAUAUGAAAGAUGGAUACUUUCAAGUCAAAAUUACAGAUGAAAGCUCGGAUUAUUGCUGUUUUGGAACACCAUUCGGUAGAUAUAGGUUUUUAAGGCUUCCAUUUGGCAUACGUUCAGCUCCCGAGGUGUUUCAGAAAAAAAAUUAUGAAUUGUUCGGGGAUAUUAAAGGAAUUGGGAUUUAUUUUGAUGAUUUGAUAAUAACGGGGGAAUCGGAGCAGGAACAUGAUGAAAAUUUGAAAUUAGUUCUUGAGCGAGCAAAAAAGUUUAAUAUUAAAUUUAAUAAGAAUAAAAUACAAUUCAAAUCGAGACAAGUAAAAUUUAUGGGACAAUUAUUUUCGGGCAAUGGGAUAGAACCUUGCGAAUCGUAUGUGAAGGCCAUUUUAGAUAUGCCAAGGCCUCAGCAAAAGAGUGACUUGUUGCGAUUUUUAGGAAUGAUGAAAUUUUUAGGGAAAUUUGUUCCCAAUUUAGCUAAGAUUUCGGCUCCAUUGCGUAAUCUAACCAGAUUGGAUGUUGAAUGGUCUUGGGAAAAAGAACAUGAAAACUCGCUAAAUCAGCUUAAACAUUUAGUGUCGAAUGCACCAAUUCUUGCAUUUUUUGAGCCGUCAGUGGAAGUAGAAAUUGAAACUGAUGCUUCCAAGGAUGGCCUGGGUGCCUGCCUUUUACAAAAUGGGCAUCCUAUAGCUUUUAGCUCUCGUAGCCUGUCCAAGAGUGAAGUUAAUUAUGCCCAGAUUGAAAAAGAGGCCUUAGCCAUAGACUUUGCAUGCCAAAAAUUCCACUAUUUAAUUUAUGGUGUAAAAAAUGUUGUGAUACACACGGAUCACAAGCCACUUGUGUCCAUAUUUCAAAAGGAAUUAUACAAUGUAACUCCUAGGUUGCAAAGAUUAAGACUGAGAUUGCUUAAAUAUGACCUUAAGAUAACAUAUAGGCCAGGGAAAUAUUUGUAUAUCGCAGAUACUUUGUCCCGAGCUUAUUUGACCACUCCUGAUGUUGACGAUCCUGAAAUGAACAUAGCAGUUCAUUCGUUAGUAAAUUAUCUUCCUAUUUCAGAGGAAAAGAAACGUGAACUAAGGCAAGCGACAAGAGAUGACCUUGAUUUAAGUGAAAUUGUUAAAUAUUUGAAAUUUGGUUGGCCUGAUAGAAGUAGAAUUCCCUUACACCUUCAUCACUAUCUUAAAAUUAGGGAUGAUCUUUUAGUUUGUGAUGAACUGUUGAAGCCUACACUUUGCACCAAUGUUUCAGAUAGGCUUGAACACAGGUCACUUCAAAAUGAGUUGUACUUUAAUAAAAAUACAAGACCUUUGCCAGAUCUUAAUGAAGGGCAAAAUGUUACUGUUUAUAAUCAUGUCAAAAAAUACUGGGAGCCUGGCCAAAUUGUGAGGGAGCAUCAAAGUCCUCGGUCUUUUGUAGUCAAGACAGAGAAAGGAGAGAUUAUUAGAAGAAAUAGAAUAGAUUUAAGAAAAUCACAAAAUGAUUUCGAACUUGUAAAUGAUCAGGAAUUGUUGGAAUCUGGAGAGGCUUCUUCCCCAACAUUUACAAACAAUUCCGAAAGUAGUUAUAAGCCCAGCUCAGAACCCGCAAACCCCACAAACUAUGUAACAAGGUCAGGGCGAACAAUAAAACCUGUAAACAAAUUAAAUUUGUAA